AUGAAGCACGACUGCAUUGCCUACAUCCAGGGCUGCCAAGUAUGUCAGCGGAACAAGAGUUCCAUGCAGGCCCCUCUUGGAUGGUUUUUCAAUCAUUGGGUUAAAGACUACGGGCACCCUUUGACAAUUGUUAGUGAUAGAGAUAGCAGAUUAACGGGCGAGCACUGGCAACAGUUGAUGAAGCUGAUUGGAUGGUCCAUGUGGUUCUUGGAGUUUGUUUCUCUCAGGAGAAACUGGGCAAAAGAUGAGGCAACUCUUAAGGCGGCGUACAACAGGCUCCGGGACUACCCACGACCCUUCUGGAUGGUUCUGUUUGUGGAGGGAACACGCUUCACGGAGGCAAAACUGCUCGCAGCGCAGGAGUAUGCCCGAGCAAAUGGUUUGCAAGUUCCUAAGCAUGUGCUAAUUCCCAAGACGAAGGGUUUCGUUUCUGCUGUUCAGCAUAUGAGAACCUUUGUGCCAGCGCUUUAUGACUUCACUGUGGCCGUACCGAAGACCUCAGAGUCCCCUACCAUGUCCAGCCUUCUCAACGGCAAAUCUGCGGAGGUUCAUCUUCACAUCAGACGGUACAACUUGAAUGAUCUUCCGAAAGAGGACGGAGAGAUUGCAAACUUCUGCCGCGAGUUGUUCAUGGAGAAGGACAAGUUGUUGGAUGACUACUUCCGAGUUGGGAGUUUUGAUGAGAGCUUGUACCGGCCUUCAAGACGAACACAAUCAUCGCUAUGGAUAACGAUGGGAUGGAUGUUGCUUAUGGCUCUAUGGUUCCUCGCAAUGGGCAUCUGGGCUCUGAUGACUGGCGCCUUGACCGGGAAAACGAUCGGCAUUGUGAUAGCCAUUCCUGUUCUUCUAGGUCUCCUGCUCAAGGCCAUGAUGCUUUCAACACGUGCCGAUCUCAGCAGCAGCAACAGGCGUGCAAAGCGGCAACAGCAGGUGAUUGCCCAGCAGGAAAUGGCAGAGUUGAGAAAUGUGGGUGAGGGUGCAGAGAAUCAUGCCCAUGCUGAGUGACAGGCAUUCGGUUCUGCAACUGUUACCUUCUUCCAUCUGCUUUCUCUUUCUUCAACUGAGAGCCUUCAAUGCAGUGGCAUGGAUGCAAUUGAAUCCAGGGGCAAACUUGUUUCACAGUGCGCAAUCAAUUGGAUGUCGGUAGUCUGCAGUCCCAUGUGUGUUAGAGGAACUCGAGCUCAACGGCAGACUGAACGAAGUGUUAUGCUCUCUCUCUCUCUCUCUCUCUCUCUCUCUCUCUCUCUCUCUCUCUCUCUCUCUCUCUCUCUCUCUCUCUCUCUCUCUCUGGCGCGCUCUGUGUGUGUGUGUGUGUGUGUGUGUGUGUGUGUGUGAGCAUAACCAAGUAGAUGCUUACCACUCUCUCUCUCUCUCUCUCUGUGACGCGCGCGCGUUGUGUGUGUGUGUGUGUGUGUGUGUGAGCAUAACCAAGUAGAUGCUUACCAGACAAGUUCAGAGAGCCCAGCUGAGCCGAGCGGAUAACGCAGCAGGUGACUGCAGAGCUUGUCGCUCUGGUGAGUUAAGUUGUUGAGCUGGUUUUGCUCUCUGGUGAGCAUAGCAAGUGUCUAUGUUCACGCUCCUUGCCUCCCCAUAGUCUGCACAUACAGAGUGCUAAUAGUGGCGUAGCUGGAAGGGGGAGAAAGAAUAAAGAGUUUUUGAAAAAGUUCUGAAAGCCGACCAAGGAGGAGAAUGUGGAGAAUGUCAUGUUUGCGAGUAAAAGCUGUGGAGCUGGUAUGUCGUGCUGUCGAGGCGCCGAAAGUCUGCUCGCAUUGUCUGAUGCGUUGGAGAUAUGCUCUUCCAUGGUCAAUUUUAUCCAAACAUUUAUUGACUCAUGGCAUACCACUUUGGUCAGUUGAUGGCUGACCAUUGUGUGUGAGCGAGGCUGCCGGCAUUCUCCACCUCGUCCUCCUCCUUUUAGCCAAGGAGAUGUCUGAGCCUUCCUUUGUUCUACAGAUCUGCUAGGGGGAAAGAAAAAUGGCGCUGUUAGCUUCUCGAGUCUUUUCCCCUUCUCCACUGGAAGAAAGGGGUGGGAAGAAAGGGUUGUUUAUGCCAAGCUGUGGAGAUGGCUGUUGUGAAUGGCUUGGCCUUUGGGAUCUUGAGCAGAGUCUGGGGAUCGUGGGGGGUGGUGACGUCCAUUGAUAUGCAUGGAAGGUGGAAAUGGGUACAGUCAAUAUGCUGAAUGGAACUGGAGAGUCGACGUCUGUUUCACAUUCCUUUCGAAGUCUUCUGUUGUGAUGGGUGGCCUCGCUUUACGCACAGGACGGCUAAUCCCUGGGCGGAAUAUCUUCAUCCGUAUUCUCCAAGAAAGGCUUGUCCCUAGCCACAGGAUGACAUCCUCACAAUUCUUGGUUUCCCCAUUUGUGCACACAAAUACGAAGGAUAGUUGCCAGCUGUUGAUGGCAUGAUGGUGGUCUGCCACUUAUCACUCACUGGUGGUUGUAUUUCUACAUGUAGUGCCACGUCCCGAUAUACUGAGGUCGAAGCUUUGGGGGUGGGGGUCUAAAUAGACGUCAGGUCGAUAACAUCACAGGGGGCGGAAGACACAUCACCCUGGAACAGUAUUGGUGUUCUGGGCUAUAAAUUGAAUGCCCCGUCUGCCCUACUAUCAAUGUGGAAUACAUCCCCCACGUGUUCUCAAUUCCAAUGCCCUGCUGUCAUCUUUUUCUCUCUGUUAUGUGCUAUACCUCUGUUCAUUCUCCUUGAUCUUGUUUGAUGGAACCUGUUUGUUCAUCCGUCAGUUCAUUCAACCUGUUCAUCGUCUUCGACCUUCACUUUUUCUUUGGUCGAUCUUCUGUCAGUAUGUGCUAGCCUUCGCAAUCUGUGUCAUGAAGGUGUUCUCGUUCGAAAAAAGCUCCUCGACUUUGGAAAUGUGCUUGGCAGUGAUGGUCCAUGUCUCCCUCUGGUCUCAGAAGAGAGAGUGCAGUUGUGUUGGACUGCGAAACAUAGGGACUGUCAGAGGAGGUGUUCUGCCUUCUUCGUGCUGCUUACUUCACCAGACUUCAUGCCUUUUUCACAGUGCUGUGUGAGCUAAUCAGCAUGUCUUUUCCAGGAUUCUUGACCGGAUUCUUACAGUCAAUUCCUGUAUUGUAACCAUGAUUUCAUGCUCUGGUUGUUUUUUUCCUUUUCUAUUUUUUUGGUUUGCGAUCCAUGCUCUGUCUGGGGCAGCUGUACCCUCCUUUCCACCACCUCUUUCUCUCCCUCCUUUUCUCCUCCACGUUUUGUCCUCCACGUUUUGUCCUCCAUGUCUCUCCUCCACGUUUUUUCCUCCAGGUCUUUCUCCUCCACGUUUUGUCCUCCUCGUCUUUCUCUCCAUCGUUUUGUUCUCCACGACUUUAUCUCCCGUCCUUCCGCCACUUGUUUCGCUCCUACCCCCCAUGUUGGCGUGUUCCCCCUAGCCCCUCUGUGUAAUAGCAGGCUUAAUCUGUCGUGGGGUGGGCACUACUUGCUUUGUGUAGUGUGGGUGGGGUCUAUCCAGAAAACCGAGUCAUCAAAGAAGUCCCGACCAGUGGAUGACACUACUUGCUGGGUAGUGUGGGUGGGCUCUAUCGUGAAAGCACAGUAUGAAAGACUACCAAGCUCUUGACUGUCCAUGUACGUCUGUGCAGGGCAUCAUCGAUACCUCGUUUCCUUCCUCCUUCCUGUCUCAUGCGUCAUCAACCCCUCAAAGUACAUUUAUUCCGGAUUGAGAACUACAUGAUGACCACGUGCAAGCUGUCUUCCCCCUCCUCUCUGUCUCAUGCUUCCUGCGUCAUUAACCCCUUGAAGUGCUUUUUUUUUGGGUUGGCGGCUAUGUGAUAAGCUUGUCCAAGCUCUCUUCUCUUCUCCAUCCUUCCUUUCUCAUGUUUCGCAUCCCUUCUGCUUGCUCGAUGUUUCCUGUGUCUUGGUCUCUUCCUUUGAUGUAUUUUUUGUUCCUUCAGCUAGCUUCAACAUGCCUGACUCUGUUAAGUUGCCAACCACUUGCCCGUCAAUCUACUCGAUCGUCACUCUACUCGACCGUCACUUUACUCAACCGUCAGUCUACUCGACCAUCAGUCGGACUACUCGGCCGUCAGUCGGACUACUCGGCCGUUGGUUUAUUUUCCCCAUCGACAUUCUGGCAGCCAUGCGACAUGGAUUGGUGGGAGAAGGGCAAAACCUUCAUUAUAGACUUUUGUAGUGGGACAUUUGUGGUGGCUGCAAGGUCAGGCACACUGAUGCAGGUCCGCAUGGGGAUAUUCCAACACAGCGUCUGGUGCCAUACCCUAUUGGAAAUCUUCUCGUCAGUCUAAGCGCCCGAGGGUUCGCCGGUCCAGGCACUGUCCCACCAACCCUUUUGUCGGUGCGAGACCCUCCUGCCACCCAGGCAGUGUCCCACUCUCCCACCAUUCUUCCGCCUGUGGGAUUUGGUUCGUCUGCCGCAGCAUGGCUGGGAGUUUACAGCCGUGCGUGUGUGCAGGUGGAUCAGCAUUGAGACUGCCAUUCUGGGGAAGGAUGGAUAAGUCAAGACUCGAGACUGCUCGUGGGUGUGUGGUGGUGGUGAGGGCUUUCUUCAGGCUGGUGGCGCAAGUGCUUUUUUCAUCCAUGUUCAACCCGGACAAAGGCGCAUGUGAAGGGGCCUUAGACCCCCCGGGUAUCCCAAUCUGGAAGUAAGACAGCUUCGGUAUGCUUUUUCCCAAAGCAGGUAAGCUUGAGAAAUCUCAAGCUAGAGCUAUGGAGUAGGAGCUAUGUCCAAGGCUUAUGAUCAUCUAAGUUUCUUCGGUGCAAGCAUCAGGGUGCUCUCCGAAAGUCCGCAUGGCAGCAGAUCAAAUCUGUGGACGGCGGUGGACGCCUAGAAAGGACAGGCAGUGACAACACUGACAAGGCUACUGUCUAUUUCAGGUGCAUUUCACUGCAGGUGGUCAGUUUCUGUCCUGGCACCUACCAUAAUUGACUAUACAUUCGCACAGGGGGGGGGGGGGGGGGGGGGGGGGGGGGGGGGGGGGGGGGGGGGGGGGGGGGGGGGGGGGGGGGAGAGAGAGAGAGAGAGAGAGAGAGAGAGAGAGAGAGAGAGAGAGUAAUGCCUAGGGCCAACUGUUACGAAUGGGAAGGGUUGGGAGAAUGGGGAAACGAAAAGAAGUAUGUCAUGUGAAGCGUGUUCAUGUUGUGUGACAUCUGUGUGCAGGUGAGUCAAUCUGUCGAGUAUUGAACAUGAAGUAUAGUUCGUAUGACUUGGUAAACCUUUCAAGUACUACAUUUGAGAUUUAGCAAAUCUUUAAAGGAAGAGUAUUAAAAUUUGUGGCUUGUAGUGAGUAAAUCUUUCAAAAAGAG